AUGAUUAUUACUGAUGAAGAUGUUGAUGGAAUUGUAGGUUUGAAAUUAGAAUUAGCUUGUCGUUUUGAAAUGAAGGACUUGGGUCCACUAUCUUAUUUUUUGGGAAUUGAAGUUGCUUCUUCUCCUAGAGGUUAUCUUAUCUCUCAGUCCAAGUAUACUAUGGAUGUUAUUGAGCGUGUCCACCUUACUGAUAUUAAAACUAUUGAUACUCCUCUUGAGUCUAAUGCUCGAUAUUCCUCAUCUGACGAUAUACCAUUGACUGAUCCUACUUUGUAUCGCACUAUUGUUGGAUGUCUCGUUUAUCUUACCAUCACACGUCCUAACAUUGCUUAUGUUAUUUACAUUGUUAGUCAAUUUGUCUCAACUCCUACUACAGUUCAUUGGGCAACAGUUGUUUGUAUUUUGCGUUAUCUUCGUGGUACAUGCUUUCAAAGUCUUUUGUUCACAUCGACCUCUUCCUUAGUGCUACGUGCCUACUCUGAUGCUGAUUGGGCCAGCGACCCCAUUGAUCGCAAGUCUAAUACUAAUUUUUGUAUAUUUUUGGGUGAUUCUCUUAUCUCUUAG